AUGGCUCACUCCCUGGACUGCCGCGGGCCUCCCACAGGCCUCGGAGUCCACAGACUGAUCCUGCGACCGGAAACGCCCCCCUGUCCAGCAAGCCCAGACCGCGCCCCCCUGUCCUGCCGCCCCCUUCCCGCGGGCCCGGCUGCAGGCCCCGGAUCCCCGGGCUCGCGUGGACGCCGCAGCCGAAAGGGGCGGCCCGUCGGGCGGCCCCGCUCCCCGGCCCUCGACACGGCCCCUCCAACUGCGGGUGCUGCGGGGCCAAGGCAGCACAAAAGGAAGGGGGACCCUGCCAGCGACGCCCUUGCCAGCCCCCGAGACCCUCUGCGCGGCGUCGACAAAGCAUCCGGGCGCCCCAGAAGCUCCGGAUGCCGAAGAGAGAGGCCCCACGAAAAUCUCAAGACACCUCCUGGGGGCUGCAGGGGCGGCCAAGUCUCCCCAGCGCCAGGUGCCCCCGGCUGCACGGUGGCCCAGCGCGCGGCCCCGGCCUGGACAGGGCUCUCCGCGCCUCUUCCCCCGCCCAGCCCGGCCCGGGCGUCCCCGAACCCUCGCGCGCGGGCGGCCCCGGACGCGGUGGCCCCGACCUCUGCCCCGCGGGGCUCGGGCCGCGCCAAGCACUUACCUCCGCCGGGCUGCGCUCCCCGCGGGCCUGCGCCGAGCCCGAUAAAUGGUAUGCUAUGACUAGAGGUAUGAUUACGUUAUUAUUAUUAGUAAUAAUAAGAGUAAAUGUUAUUUAAUUACGGGCGGCCGCAUCCUGCUCCCGGCGCCGCCGCCCCGGCAGCUCCGUCCAUGUGGCUCUGGAGCGCUUUACUUUCAUUUCCAGCCCCUCGGCCGGCCGCUCGCGGCAGCACCCGCUGGAGGCACCGUCUCCCUGCAGCUCUUCCUCCUCGGGUCCUAGAGAGCGCGGCUCCCGUCGCCUCGCCGCGCCCGGGGUGGGCGGCGCGGGCUGCGCACCUGGGGAGAAGGGGGUGGGCGAGUCGGAGAAGCCCCAUUCCCCGUCGAAAGCUCAUGCCUGGAAUUCACCUUUAUUUUCUUUAAAAGUGUCCUGCCUUUUAGGGGGGUUUCCUGUGGCAGUUCUGCAUUUCUGGGCUAAUGCUGCUCAAACCCAGCGCCUCCGCCCUUCCCCAUCUGUGUCAAAAGCCCCCCCUCCGGCUUCCAGGUGCUUUCAUGAAAGGCUGCCCAAAACCCUUCUCACAGAUGGGAACCAGAGACACAGAGAAGAAUCAGGACCUCGCUUGGCUGGAGUUUUAUGUAUAAGAUGUAAAAAAAUAUUGAAUGACACUUGUUAAAGAGUAUAAGGCCGACUUUACUGGCACCACGAUGGUUGUAGGGACCACUGCAGUGGGUUUUGCGGUCGGGGAGAGUGGGCUCAAUUCAGAAUUCAGCAUGGGCAAUGGGAAUUUAUAAGGAAGGAGCAAGGAUCCACUGAUUGAGGGCCAAUGCAUAGGAAACUGCAUCGGAGAUAAAAGAGGAUUCUGGCUUAAACCCAUCUAACAAGAUUCUGGCUGAAGACAGGCCAAGGUGAUCACACAUCCUGAGGAAUUGUGGAGAAUGAGGAACCUGAUUAGAUAUUGACAAUCAGGGCUGGGUGCAGUGGCUCAGGCCUGUAAUCUCAGCACUUUGGGAGGCCGAGUCGGGUGGAUUACCUGAGGUCAGGAGUUCAAGACCAGCCUAGCCAACGUGGU